UAAAUGACGUCGGAGAUGAAUCGAGAUUUAGACGGCAUAUCUCUGUCUGUGCCCCACUGGGGCCAGUCCUCGGACCCCGGGGAGAGUGCGACCAGCACCUAUCACACAUCUACAAAGAGCGAUCCAGACAGUGCCACCACGAUACCCGCAGCCGGGACUUUCUGGCAGGACCCUUCCGCUGGUAGCAGCGUCAGCCCCGUUGUCCUAAGUUGCCCUGCGGAGAGUGGAACGUUGUUGACCACGGGGAAAAGCAAAAAUAGGCCGGUCACCGUGGCCUAUGUCCUUAACUCAGAGAUCAAUCAAACUCACACGGCGGAAAACAUGGCACUGCAGUGCCUCAAAGACGCGUGUGAUAUCGUGGGAUGUAAACUGGAGAUUGUGCACUUUGGCAAACUGGAUUUUGGGGAGACGGCGGGUCUUGACCAGUUCUAUAAUGCAGACUUUGCUGUGGUAGAAAUGACGGAUGCAUUCCGACAGCCCUCUCUCUUCUACCACCUGGGAGUCAGAGAGAGCUUCAGCAUGGCCAACAACAUCAUUCUCUACUGCGACUCCAACUCCGACUCCCUGCAGUCCCUACAGGAUAUAAUCUGUCAGAAGAAUACAACAUGCACGGCAAACUAUACCUUCAUCCCGUACAUGGUGACGCCCCAUAACAAGGUGUACUGCUGUGAGACCAGCCUGAUGAAGGGACUGACUGACCUGAUGCAGCCCAGUUUUGAGGCGCUACUGGGGCCCAUCUGCAUGCCUCUGAUUGACAGACUCACACAGCUCCUCAAGAUCCCCAACACUAACUCCUGUCAGUACUUCCGUGAGACGAUUCUGAAUGAGAUUCGAAAAGCGCGGGAACUCUACACGGGGGUGGAGCUAGCAGCCGAACUUGGGCGGAUCCAACAGCGAUUGGAUAAUGUGGAGUGCCUGUCAGCGGAUAUUGUCAUAAAUCUGCUCCUGUCAUACCGAGAUAUCCAGGACUAUGAGGCUAUAAUCAGGCUGGUGGAAACUCUGGAAAAACUUCCCACCUUUGAUCCAGUAGCUCACCCACAUGUGAAGUUUCAUUAUGCCUUUGCACUGAACAGGAGGAAUCUGGCUGGCGACAGGCAGAAGGCUCUGGAUAUCAUGUUGCCAUUGGUGGAGUCUGAGGAGCAGGUGGCCUCAGACGUCUACUGCUUGGUGGGCCGCAUCUACAAGGACAUGUUUCUGGACUCCCACUUCACUGACACAGAGAGCCGGGACCACGGCACAUGCUGGUUCAAGAAAGGAUUUGAGCUGGAGCCAACACUACAUUCUGGGAUAAACUACGCUGUCUUGCUCUUGGCCGCUGGGCACCAGUUUGACACUUCUUUUGAGCUUCGCAAAGUUGGAGUGAAGCUGAGCAGUCUCCUGGGGAAGAAAGGCAGCCUGGAUAAGUUACAGAGUUACUGGGAUGUCGGCUAUUUCCUGGGAGCCAGCAUACUGGCCUGUGACAACACCAGAGUCAUUCAGGCCUCUGAGAAACUCUUCAAACUCAAAGCGCCUAUCUGGUAUCUGCGUUCAGUUGUGGAGACUAUUCUGAUUUACCAGCAUUUCCAUAAGCCUUCCACAGAACAGCAAGGUCCCAAGCAGGAACUGGUAGACUUCUGGAUGGACUUCUUGGUGGAGGCUACAAAAAAGGACGUGUCCUCAGUUCGUUUUCCAGUUUUGAUAUUGGAGCCAACAAAAGUGUACCAGCCGUCUUAUCUGACAAUCAACAAAGAUGCUGAGGAGAACACGGUCUCCAUCUGGCAUGUAGCUCCGGAUGACAAAAAUAAGGGGAUUCAUGAGUGGAACUUCAGUGCUGUGUUAGUCCGGGGUGUGAGUAUAUCCAAGUUUGAUGAACGCAGCUGUUUCCUUUAUGUGUUGCACAAUGCAGAGGACUUCCAGAUUUACUUCUGCACUGAGAUGCACUGCAAGAGGUUCUGUGACCUGGUGAACAGUUUGACAGAGGAGGCCUGGUGGGGUCAGGAUGAGGCAGAGUGUGACACAGAAGCACUGGAGUAUGAUUAUGAAUACGACGAGCAUGGGGAGAGAGUGGUUUUGGGAAAGGGGACGUUCGGGAUCGUUUACGCCGGACGGGACCUCAGUAACCAAGUGCGACUGGCCAUUAAAGAGAUCCCAGAGCGGGACAGCAGGUACUCCCAACCCCUUCAUGAAGAGAUUGCUUUACACAAACACCUGAAGCACAAGAACAUUGUCCAAUACCUGGGCUCUGUCAGUGAGAACGGCUUCAUCAAGAUCUUUAUGGAGCAGGUACCAGGAGGGAGUCUGUCAGCCCUCCUGAGGUCUAAAUGGGGACCGCUGAAAAACAACGAACCUACUAUUGGUUUUUACACCAAACAGAUUCUGGAAGGGCUCAAAUACCUGCACGACAAUCAGAUCGCUCACAGAGACAUCAAGGGAGAUAAUGUUCUCAUAAACACGUACAGCGGAGUCUUGAAAAUCUCCGAUUUUGGCACAUCAAAACGCUUGGCUGGGAUCAACCCCUGCACUGAGACUUUCACUGGUACACUACAGUACAUGGCUCCGGAGAUCAUUGACAAGGGGCCGAGGGGCUAUGGGAAACCGGCUGAUAUCUGGUCCUUGGGCUGUACCAUUAUUGAAAUGGCCACAGGGAAGCCACCCUUCUACGAGCUUGGAGAACCGCAGGCGGCUAUGUUUAAGGUGGGCAUGUUUAAAAUUCAUCCCGAGAUUCCCGAGUCUAUGUCGCCGGAAGCCAAAGCUUUUAUCCUUCGCUGUUUUGAGCCGGACCCUGACAAACGAGCCACGGCUGUGGACCUCCUCAUGGACGAGUUUCUCACAGUCACCAGUCGAAAGAAGAGAGGCAAGAGCAGCUUCACAGCACUGAGUGAGUGGUACUGUUUGUUACUGUGGUCUUCAGAAUAUUUGCGGAGUAUCUCACUGCCGGUGCCAGUGGUUGUUGAGGAUACCAGCAGUAGCAGUGAAUACGGUUCUGUUUCCCCUGACAACGAACUGAAUUCCAACCCCUUCAAUUUUAAACCCAGCAUCAAAUGUUACAGCGAGAAAGAUGUCAAAGGUCACAGGUCGCUCUUCCUCAGUAUUCCUGUGGAGAACUUUGAGGACCACAGUGCACCUCCGUCCCCUGAGGAGAAGGACUCUGGGUUUUUCAUGUUGAGGAAGGACAGCGAGAGGAGAGCCACUCUACACCGAAUCCUCACGGAGGACAAAGACAAAGUGGUUGCCAACCUCAUGGAAGCGCUCACACAGGGCACUGAGGAGCCCAAGUUGAAGUACCAGCAUGUGGCUACCCUGGUGGUGAGUUUGGGGGAUUUUGUGAGGAUGGCAGACAGAAAGAUCAUUGCCAACACGCUGUCUCAGCUCAAACUGGAGCUGGACUUUGACAGUACUGCCAUCAGCCAGCUACAGGUGGCGCUGUUUGGAUUUCAGGAUGCUGUAAACAAAGUGCUUCGUAACCACAAUAUCAAACCUCACUGGAUGUUUGCUCUGGACAAUAUCAUCCGUAAAGCAGUACAGACUGCCAUUACAAUCCUUGUCCCAGAGUUGAGGCCCCACUUCAGCCUGGCCUCAGAGAGUGACCCAGCUGACCAGGACGAUCACGACAACGAUGAUGAUGAUGAUGACAUCAUGCCAGAGCGAAGCUCCUCUCACAAGAGCAGAGCUCCACCCACUGUGAGCCAUGAUGACACGGUGGCCACGUCUGGAGUGAGCACACUCAGUUCCACCGUCUCACAUGAGUCUCAGACAGCACAGAGGUCCGUUAGCAUGGAACUUGGCAGGAUGAAGCUGGAGACAAACAGGCUUCUUGAAGAACUGCUAGAGAAGGAGAGAGAGUAUCAGUCCAUCCUUCAGCAGGUUCUGGAUGAAAGAGAACAGGAAAUCCGACUACUGAGGAGCCGUUCCCAACCUAUUGAUGUGCCCCCCCGAUCACACAGCACUCACAAUAUGUCUUCGCUGGAAGAUCAUGGAGACCCCGAGCUGACCAAAUGGCUCAGAUUGCACGGAGCUGACGCUGACUCCAUCGAACGGAUCCAAGCGGAGGACUACACUUUGGAGGACAUUUUGCAUUAUGUAACCAGGGAUGACCUGAAGUGUUUGAGAUUGAGAGGAGGGAUUCUGUGUAAAAUCUGGAAGGCUAUCACAGAAUACAGAGAAAAGCCAGCCUGAUUCAAAGCCUCCAGCAGGACGUCAUCGGUGUCUUUCCCACUCGUCCCUGCACCUGGCACACGCAUAUUUCCCUGACCAAAACCCAGUCUUCAGCUUUUAACAGAGCCACAUGGGAUUGUGAAACCUUGCUGGACAUGGCUGUGUUGUUUUAUCGGUCUAAUUUCUACUGGAAGGAUCCUCUCACUAUAGAGGUCUGACCCCUGUUUAGGCCCCUCUAAAACCAGUCAUAUUGCAGGGUACAUUUUUUGAGACCUCUCACUGAUUCCCACCCCACCCCCACACUCAGUCAAGGUCAAACACAGUUGGCUGGGAUAUUUUUAAAGGAAUCAGAUCUUGAAUUACAGAUCUGAUCUCGAAUUAGAUGAAUCUUGAGCAUGAAACGAAGAGGUGGGCUUUUGCUCCAACCCUACGCAGACUCGACAUGUUAGGCCAAUCAAGGUCACGAGCAAUGUCAGAAUAUUGCAUUCAGGUGUGUCGGAUUGGGACUGGGGCAAAAUCUGACAAGAGUAUGUUCAUUUAGGAGGAUUGCCCAGCCUCCAGGGUCUAGGGUGGAUUACAGUGGAGCUGUAAAUAUGUUGUACAGAUUUUAACAUACAUUUUAGUGUGU